CUCAACCUCGUCUCUCUUCUGCCCUUCGCUUUCUCAUGUUCUUUGCCGCUACCAGCUCGCCUCCUCCCUAACUAAACUCGAAAGAAAGAAGGGAAGAAGAAGAGAAGGGGAAGGAGAAGGUUUUCCUUGAGCUAGGGUUUGUUCUAUCGAUCGAUGGCCGUGUCGAUGUCGAAUAGGAGUAAGGACAUGGAUCGGAUCAAGGGGCCGUGGAGUCCGGAGGAGGACGAGUCGCUUCAGAAGCUGGUCCAGAAGCAUGGGGCCAGGAACUGGUCUUUGAUCAGCAAGGCGAUACCGGGGAGGUCCGGGAAGUCGUGCCGGCUCCGGUGGUGCAACCAGCUCUCGCCGCAGGUGGAGCACCGCCCCUUCACGCCGGAGGAGGACGAUGCCAUCAUCCGCGCCCACCGUCGCUUCGGAAACAAGUGGGCCACCAUCGCCCGCCUCCUCUCCGGCCGGACCGACAACGCCAUCAAGAACCACUGGAACUCCACCCUUAAGCGUAAGUACUCCUCCGCUGCUGUCGCUCCUGCCGUCGACGACGCCGCCAUGGUGGCCGCGGAUGAUGCGGCGGCGCGGCCUCUCAAGCGCUCUAGCAGCGUCGGGCCGGUCCUCUCCUCCGGCGGUGGGUUCUGCUUGAGCCCCGGUAGCCCAUCCGGCUCUGACCUCAGCGAUUCUAGCCACCCGUUGAUCUCUCCUGUCGCCGCCGCGGCUGCAUCGGCGUCCCACAUCUACCGCCCGCUGCCGAGAACCGGCGGCAUCGUCCCACCGGCCUCAUCCACUCACCAGCACCAUCAUGGCGAAGCCAACCCCGCCGUAUCGUCCACCCUCCAGCCCAACAACGACGAUCCGGUCACCUCCCUCUCUCUAUCCCUCCCGGGAUCGGACAAGCCCGAGCCAUCCGAUCACCACCGAGCUAACCCAGACCAGCUCCAGCUCCUGGCGGCGCCGCCGCCGCCGCCGGAGCAGGCGAUGCCGCUCCACCCGCCGCCGCCGCCGCCCCUGGUGCAGGCGAUGCCGCUCCACCCGCCGCCUCCGCCGCCCACGAUGACCCCCUCCGCUGCCGCCGACGAGCGGAGGCAGCCCCCGGAGGAGGAGAGGCGGCCGGCGUUCCCCUUCAGCGCUGAAUUCCUGGCCUUGAUGCAAGAGAUGAUCCGCAACGAAGUGAGAAACUACAUGUCGGGACUGGAGCAGAGCGGCAUGAUGUGCGUGCAACCGCCGCAGGAGAGCAUCCGCAACGCCGCCAUCAAGCGGAUCGGCGUCACCAAGAUCGAGUAGUAGUUUAGCUCCCAAUGGAAGGAUCGACGGAACGAAAGAAGGAAUUGAGGAUGGAACAGGUCUUCGAAGAAGAAGACCCCAAAAAAAAAAAAAAAAAAGCUUCUUUAGAUGUUUAGCUCUCUAAGCUUCGCUUUUUCUCUCCCUUCCUAUAUAAUUAAAAUCCGCUCUCUUCCCCCCCCC